AGUGGACAGGUAAUCACACAAAGAACUGAUAGGACCUGUUUGCAUGUACAAAGAUCAGCGUGUGUUUGCGGAAAGGCAAACACAUUUUCAUGCUUGAAGUGCAAUGCGCCUUCUCACGCAGCAGUACAAGCCAAUGCUUGUUUUGAUCGUACAAUUAAAUCUUGCUGAUUAAUCUAUAAAGCAACAAACCCAGAUUUCUUACACACUAGAACUAACCUGAUUGUUUUUUGUUGUUCAAACUAUUUACUUUAGUCCUAACUUUCUUGUUUAAAAUAAUGUUUGGAACAAAGACAACGUUUUUCAUGACAGUUUCUUCUCUUAAACCUCAAUGAUAUGAUUAAAACACCGGCAACUUACUUCACAAUAAAAUACUUUUGUGUUGCUGUGCUGAUCUCAACUUUAGUUAUAUUUUUGUAAUUGAACACAAACUCUACCUCCUGACUUACAUGAAAACAGGGCUGCAAGUGUCCUCUGUGUUCCCAUAAUAACUUCUGCCUCUGAUAACAUCUUCCUGCAGGGGCAAAUCAACACAGAUAACCCUCAGUGCAUGCUCUGAUUUCACAGUCAGAACUAACCAUGAUCCUGCUGGGUCGCAUGCUCUGCCUGCCCUCUCCAGCCAUCGUGCAGGAGCUGUUCUUUGCAGCUCGUGACGCAAACAUCCUCCCUGAAAUCUCCCUGGAUCCUGUCCUCACCUCCUUCCUGUCACUGGAUUCCAAUGCUGCGCUGCAGCAUCACUUUGAUUUCCUACAGCGGGGCAUGAGCCCAGAGCAGCAGACGGCAUUCAGGCUCAAUCUGACUGCAGAGGUAGGGGGCAGCAGGGUCACUUAUGGAGGAGUAGGGGUUGUUGCUUUGGCGCUCUCCAUGCUUUUUGACGUGGUUGCACAGCAAGUCAGAGCACAGUCACCAGCAGCGGCUGAUCUACCAACUCAGAGAUCCGUAGCUAAGAAAAGUUUGGGCAUCAGCACAUCUUCUAGGAUCGGCUGGAUAAUCCACAGAUACCUCAGCAUCAUCCCUGGUGUUGCUAACAAUCAGGAUGAGAUGGCAGAGACCACAGAGCUCUAUGAUAACUGGCUGGAACGAGAGCUGCUGGAUCACUAUGAGAGGAUGACUACCAAGAAGAGGAUGAGCACCAAAUCCAUGCAGCAGUGGCUGACUGGAGCUGCGUUUCAUCUGCACAUAAGGAUCCACCAGAUACGUCUUCAGUCUGUGGCUUUAGGAUCAGCAGAGUCAUUGCGUUUGUCCUACGAAACAGGCUUAAAUCAUCUGAUAAAGAAGUACACGUCCUAUCUGCGCACAAACAUCCAAGAAGUUGCAGCUUCGCCAAUAGAAAAACCCUCAACCAAAGCAGGCACCGGAACCAAACCUACAAACGCAACCAACAGCCUCGGUUGCAGUCUGGUAACUCCAGCUAGAGCAGUCAAUGAUUCUGGAAGAAUCAAUGUGACAGAAAACAGAAGGUAUGACACAGACAGCUUUGUUGAAACUUUAGGAAACACUGUCCCAACAAUGAGCAGAAAUACCGCUGAAGGACCAGGAAACAGCCGGGAAACGUCUGCAGUUUACAAAAGUGAAGAAAACAAGAACAACCUUGGUCUGUUGAUCAUUGAGCCUCAAAGGAACAUUAGUCACAGCGUGCAGCAUCACCCAUGCGAGUCUCAAGCCAUCCAGGAGGCUUUGGUGGUUCGUAUCAUGAACGCUCAGGACCUGGAGCGAAACAAAAACUUUUUCCUUUAUUCCAACAAUGUCUUCCACAGUCUGGUCAGGCAGAGGGAUGACUUUAAACUCAGAAAUGAAUAGUUUGAGGUCAAUAAUGGUCUUCAUUCACAUAACUAAUGUCUGUUAUUUCCUAAAAGAAAAAAGAAAGGUCAUUUGUGUCUUUUACACACUGAACAAAAACAUAAACGCAACAUUUUCGUUUUUGCUCCGAUUUGUCACGAGAUGUACUAAAAGAUCUAAAACAUGAUGACAAUUUAUCUAAAACAUUGUUCACAAUUGUCCAAAAUUCUAAAUGUGAAUUACUGAGCACUUCUCCUUUGCUGAGUUAUAGUAGACCCUACCCAGUAGGCUAUAUCUAGUAUCUGGUGUGUCCACCAUUUUCGUUAUGCUGUGCAACACAUCUACUUCGCAUGCAGAAGAUCAGGUUGUCAAGUGGCUCAUGGUGGCGGUGGAGUUAUGUUAUGGGCAGGUGUAUGUUUUAUUGUGGCCAGUCCAAGGCACACCUAUACAAUAAUCAUGCCGUCUAAUCAGCAUCUUGAUGUGUAACACUUUGCAAGUAAAAUAUGUUUGACUUGACAUAUUUUGGCUAUACCUGUAUUUGGUUUCGCUGUAAAAAGAACAUAUAUUAAAAAAAAAGAGUCUGUA